GUGACUGAGAAUGAUCCCAGCGACGCAACUGUCGCAGCUCCCCCAGGAUGUGCGAAUGUGUCACUCAGGAACUGGUUCGGAGAGUGUACAUGAAUCGUUCGGUUGCAGACUUUGAGAAGUUGUGCAAUCGACUUCCACGUUGCUCCGCAUCCGAACUAUGUAUACUGCAGCCAGUGCUCUACAUGUAUCUCGAUCCAGACCGCAUUCCUGCAAAGUCAACCCCAGCCGUUGCCACUGAUAUAGAGCUCGUCUACAAGUCACUUCUCGUGAUUGUUACAACUUUGGGUUAUAUCGAUGGUUCUGGUAUUGGCUCGGCGGGUUCGGAAAAGCAAUAUCUUAUUUCUGCCUGGAACCGUGUCGCUCCCUGGCUUAUCUUCUUUCAUGACCAAUUCAUCAUGUGCAGAGCCAACUAUCGACCCGUCGACAAGAUGGUUGCCAUCAGGAUUGUUGCUAGCUUACUACUGCAUGUUGUAAUGGUUAGUGGCAAGCGCGGCGGAACUACAUUGCUUACCACUCCUGCCCUUUAUCGCCCGAUCGCAGAGUUGUGGUUGUUAGCCCUGAAAACCAAAGACAAAUAUGUAGUGUGCUUGUCGUCGUCGCCCGGCCCCGCUCACAUCACUUCUUUUCGAGUUUUCGGCUCCUUGGUGGUUUCAUCAUGCAUUCAGGACGAAUCCUUUGUCACCAUACUACUCGAAGUGUCAGGUGGUAUUGACGCCGUCACUUCUGCAGCUCUGAAAUAUGUCAAGAGCUUACGAUCGAUGGCUAAAACCCCUGAUAUAGCUUCCGAUAAUUUCAAGCUCGAGCUGCUUGUCCUAGUGUUUUCGCACUGUGUUAAAAUUAUCGCAACGACGAGCACGCUCGAUGCGGCGAUACGGGAAGCAUACCUCCUCCGGCAGUCCGUCAAAGAAAUUUUUGGGGCUCUCCGUGUUCUUCAGUCUCUUUUUCUGGGCAAAGAGAGCAUGGCGCAAGCCCUUGCCCCAAGUUUUACGUACCUCGACUUUCUCCUUAAAUGUGCUGACGACCCUGCCUCAGCACUCCAUCAAGCUCUUUGCGCACACGCCUUCGAAACAAUGGUACAUAUAAGUCCUUCCGGACCCCUGGAGGAGUCAAAGCUAGUGGAGACGGAUCCUCGUAGGAUCAACGAGGCGUUUUUUAGGACCUUAUUCAAAUACAGUCUUGACGACAAAAUCUUAUCCUACGUCUGUAAACAUGUGGACGCUUGGUCUAAUAAUCUCGGACCAAUCGUGAGAGAAGAGAAAUACCUCUUGGAUAUCUGGUCCGGUGUAGAGCAGACCAUUCGAACAUAUGCAACACUUAGGUCCAAGGCAGAGACGAUAUGGUGGCCAUCACCGAGUAAAAUGGGCCGGGUUCUACAGUGUCGCUGCGAUGGUACUGCAGAAGACAUCCGCUUCAGGCAAUGUGCGGGAUGUCAAGUUGUGCGGUAUUGCUCAAAGCGAUGCCAGCGUGAUUCCUGGCACAGUCACCAUAGGUUGAGCUGUAUUUUUUUAAAGGCAGCUGUCGGGUCAUCGACACCGCACCGCAUCAAACGUAGUCUGCGUCUGCUAGCCGCUCUAGAAGUGGGCCAUAUCCAACGCAAGUGGGACAAUAUUCUGAGAUUGUUCGCCGCUGCACGGUGCGAAUAUCCAAAAGAUCGAGAACGACUUGUGCUCGAACUCAGUCUUGAUAAGAAUGACGAAUCAGUUCGACCUCUUCGAGACUACAUCUUCCUGUUCAAUGGGCUCUCUGAAAAUGAGGUCGUGGACCGCAUAUCAUCAUCCUGGCCGAAUUCGAGGGGCCAACUUCACGGACUAUUUCUUUGUUCAGCCAUCACAAUACAUGAUCGAUAUUGGUCGCGGCAAAUUUUAUUCAGUCCGCGUAUUGCAUUAGAUAUGGAGAUAGUGCGGCAAACGCUCAGCCGUAACUCUCAGGAUGUAUGA